AUGGCUCCUCUUCCAAAGCGCGCUGUCAUUACCGUCACUUCGGCCAAGGCUGACCUCUUCAAUGGCAAAGAGACAACCGGCGUCUUCAUUUCGGAGGCUCUUCACCCAUUUCGCGUAUUCCGUGAUGCCGGCUUUGAAGUUGACUUGGUCUCAGAGACUGGAAAAUAUACACCAGAUUGGCUCUCACUCCAACCCGACUUCCUAAAGGGCUCCGACAAGGAGAUGUACGAGGAUCUUCAAAGCGAAUUUCGGAAGAAACUCGACAACAUGCCGACGCCAGCCGGGCUUGAUGGUAACAACUAUGGAAUCUUCUUCGCCUCGGCUGGCCAUGCUGCCCUCAUUGACUACCCAACUGCUACUGGCCUGCAAAAAAUCGCCGAGGAAGUCUGGGCAAACGGUGGUGUUGUGUCUGCAGUUUGCCACGGCCCCGCCAUUUUCGCCAAUAUUAAGGAUAAGACCACUGGAAAGUCGAUUAUUUCUGGCAGAACCAUUACCGGAUUCACCAAUGAGGGAGAAGAUGUCCUGAACAUCAUGUCCGAGAUCAAAUCCUGGGGCAAGCCUCUCGUGGAGGAGCACGCUGCUGCUCUAGGGGCUACGUACACACGUCCCGAUGAUGUCUGGGGUGAUUUGCACAUCGUUGAUGGUCGCGUGGUAACCGGUACCAACCCCGCGAGUGCUGCCUCGACGGCUAAGGCUGCCUUGGAAGUUUACAACAGCCUUUGA